CGGUUUGAAUGCAUUGCAGCUGGAGAAGAAGGCAUUGCGAUUCAGGAAUCAGCAAGCAUCAAAGGGGCGCAUAGCUUUGCUGCAUUGGUGCGCAGGAGAGGCGUCAUUCUUCCUUCAGGGGUGCACUUGCGUCAGGCGGACAAUGGCGUCUGUUUCGUGCGCGCUCCCUGGCGCCAGCCGUGCGCUCGCUGGGGUCUCCCAGAGCUGCCCUCUGAGCCAGAACACGAGCGGGUCCGCCAUUGUCCCUGCUCACAAGAGCUUCCUUGGGCAAUGCAGCCACUUGGCGGCCUCCAGAGCUCCCGUCCGCUCUGGACGGCAAAGCCAUAGAGGCACCCCUGUUGCCAAGAUCAGGGAGAUCUUCAUGCCCGCUCUGUCGUCCACCAUGACGGAGGGCAAGAUCGUGAGCUGGCUCAAGGGCGAGGGCGACAAGGUCUCCAAAGGCGACUCUGUGGUUGUGGUUGAGUCCGACAAGGCUGACAUGGACGUAGAAACAUUUUACGACGGGUACUUGGCCGCUCUAGUAAUUGACGAAGGGGACGUUGCGCCGGUCGGGGCCCCCAUUGGCCUGCUAGCAGAUACCGAGGCUGAGAUCGAGGAGGCAAAGGAGAAGGCCAAGGGGCUCUCAGGCGGCAGCGCACCCGCUGCACCUGCGCCUGAGGCGGAGGCACCCCCAUCACCACCCCCUGCUCCCACUGCUGACAUGGCAGCGCCCCCGCCACCUGCCCCGGCUGCCGCCGCUGCGGGGCCCCCUCCUCCCCCCCCUCCUGUAGCAGCCCCAGCAGCGCCCGCCUCAUCUGGCCGGAUCGUCGCCACUCCCUACGCCAAGAAGCUAGCAAAGAAGUACAAGAUCGAGCUGACGCGUGUCACGGGAACUGGUAACUAUGGCCGGAUCACGGCGGAUGAUGUUGAGAAAGCGGUCAACGGGCCUUCGGCGCCAGCAGCCGCCCCGGCUGCCCCUGCUGCUCCUGCAUAUGCGGCAGCCAGCCCCGCUCCUGCUGCGCCUGCUAAGGCCGCACCCGCCCCUGCAGCAUCUCCAGUGGCUGGGACGACCGUGCCGUUCACAGGAAUGCAGAAUGCAGUGGCGAACAACAUGAAUGCCAGCCUGGCGGUGCCGACGUUCAGGGUUGGGUACACGAUUACCACCGAUGCACUGGACGCGCUUUACAAGCAGAUCAAGAGCAAGGGCGUGACGAUGACCGCGCUCCUGGCCAAGGCGACCGCGCUGGCGCUAGCGAAGCACCCGGUCGUGAAUUCGUGCACCAAGGACGGCAAGAGCUUCACGUACAACUCGAGCAUCAACAUCUCGUGCGCGGUCUCCAUCGACGGAGGACUCAUCACGCCAGUGCUCCAAAAUGCCGACAAGGUCGAUAUUUACACACUCUCCCGGACAUGGGGCGAGCUGGUUGGCAAGGCACGCAGCAAGUCGCUGUCACCUGCAGAGUACAACACAGGCACUUUCACCCUCUCCAACCUGGGCAUGUUUGGCGUAGACCGGUUUGACGCCAUCCUCCCUCCAGGACAGGGCGCCAUCAUGGCCGUCGGUGCGUCGCAGCCGACGGUCGUCGCCACCGCGGACGGUAUGUUCGGGGUGAAGAAGCAGAUGCAGGUCAACGUGACAGCCGACCACCGGAUCAUCUACGGCGCUGACCUUGCCGCGUUCCUGAAGGACCUGGCGGCAAUCAUUGAGAACCCUAAGGAUCUAGUCCUGUAAUUUGGGCUUUAGGGCUUAGGUCGAGUAUUCUGUACACGUUCAAUGAAUGAUGGGCGCACAUCAAAUUGGUGGUGCUCAUUAGAUUCGGCAGGACGCGUAUGCUUAGGAGGUAGGCAGCUUUGUCACUGGUCGAAAUCGUAAGCUGCCGCCUCCGGAGGUGUUGGUGAUAGAACACGCAAGCGGUGUCCCGUUAUGGGAUCAUGCACCCUUGGACAAACGAGUUGCGGUUGGGAGAGUAUUCUCGCUUAUAACCUGGAGGUUAUCCAUGUCGUAUUCGUCCGUUGUCCAACUUAGCUAGAGG